GAUGACGCUAGUUAUUGUUACACCGAAAGAGCCUAGUUUUUGUAGCAAAAUGAACUUGAAAGUGAAACUGAAGUAGGAACUAAAAUUAAUUAAACGUAAGGCUAUAGUAGUUUCAAAAAGUCUGAAGAUGGCAAUGAGUAGAGAGCUUUGUUGUUUUUUAUGGCUUAGAAACACUGAAUAUAAGUUCAUUGCAAGUAUUUUCAAAAAUUCAGGUCAUGCAUAUUUCAAAAGUAGAACACCAGUUUGUGUUACAAGUCAGUUUCGACAGUUUAGCAGGGAAGAUGGAAGACAUGGUGGACCGAAGAUCUAUACAAGAACUGGCGAUGGAGGGAAAUCCUAUCUAUUUACUGGAGAACGCAGACCUAAAGAUGAUAUGGUUUUUGAAGCAUUGGGUUCAACAGAUGAAUUGUCUUGUAACAUUGGCUUAGCGAGAGUAAUAGUAAAAGGACUUACGGACCAAUUAGAUGUCGAACUAGAAAAAAUACAAUGUGUACUUCAAGACGUAGGAUCAGCUGUCGCUACACCAAAAAGUUCAGCGAGAGAAGCACAUUUAAAACGAACGGAGUUCUCUCCGGAGCUAGUAGAUGAAUUAGAGGAAUGGAUUGACAAACACACGGAACAUUUGCCACCCUUAAAGAAUUUCAUCCUUCCGUCUGGUGGACAGUCCAGUGCAUACUUUCACGUAGCUCGAGCCAUCUGUCGUAGAGCAGAACGAAGAGUUUAUCCAUUAAUAUCAGCAGGAGAGGUAGAUCCAGAUGUUUUGAAGUACUUGAAUAGACUGAGUGAUUACCUAUUUACUGUGGCUAGAUUGACAGCCAAGAUCGAUGGUAAAGAAGAGAAAAUAUACAGAAAACCAAGACCUGAGAGACAUUCUGAGAGUGUAUAGGAUAUAUAUAUUGAACUCCAUGUAUAUAUACACACAUACAUGUAUAUAUAUAGAGAGAGAAAGUAGUUAUUUGUUAUAGAGUAAACUUGAAUAUAAAGUUAAGAGAUUGGUCAUUUAUAAAUCAAGAAAUAUUCUAUUUGGUGAUGUUAAUCAGAAACUAAAUUUCAACAGUUUCACUGUGCAUUGUGGAGUAAAAUGGCUUUUGUUGGUCAGAUGUAACUUUGUAUCACAUGCGAAAUUAUUGAGUUAUGAAAAAAUGAAUUAAUGAAAAAAAACAACUAAAUACUAGGUUCAAAUCAAGGCUAAAAGCUUAAUCAACUACUAAUAUUUUUUUUUCACUAGGUAAUUAGAUGUAUGACUAUAAACUAAUCCUAAAAUAUGAUGCUUUACAAAAAGGAUUUGUAUCAAUGUUGUCCAGUUUGCAUCAGUUCUAAUGGUUUGAGAGACUCUGUGUGUGUGUGUGUUAACAGCUGCUUUGAGUGACAAACCCUUGCAACAUCAUUGCUUCUUAAAUUGUACGUCACUUACUUCCAAAUGCCAUUGAGAAGCCAAUACAUCAUGAUCAAUAGAUAACGAAGAACAGUACCAGAUCCCUUGAUGUGAGGAACCACUGACAGGGUGGCAGCUGGUCAAUAUAAGAUUAUUGCGAGCUGGAUGAGGCUCAUACAUUGGUCAACAGACUGGAAAGGUUUACAGGUGGUGAAGGAAAGCUCAUCAACAUGCAACCACAGAGUAGAUGAUUGGUGUGUGGUCCUUAUGGCAAGAAAACAAUGUCAGGGGACAAAUAUUGAUUCUUCCUGAUCUUGGAACAACACGAGAUAGAACAGUUUCCACCUAAACAAUCGGGAAUCAGUUACAUAAUUGUGGUCUGUAUGUCAGACUAUCUGUUAGGUACAUCCCACCAUAGGAGAAACUGGGAACUAGUGGAAUUGUGUCCUCUUGACAGAUGGGUGAUAGCUUGGUCUCCCAAGAGGUUUUGGGCAUGCACGUAUGUUGAGAGAGUAAUUGCUACUAUUUGCUUAAAUCAUUAAAACACACACAUACUGGAUACAGGAAUAGCCAGCUUUGUACAUCUUCAUUAGAGGUAUUACAACUGACCAGAAGUAGAGUAGUGGUGGGGACAGAAUUAGCCAGCUUUUUACAUCUUCAUUAGAAGUACUAUAACUGACCAGAAGUAGAGUAAUGGUGGGGACAGAAAUAGCCAGCUUUGUACAUCUUCAUUAGAGGGACUACAACUGACCAGAAGUAAAGUAGUGGUGGGGACAGAAAUAGCCAGCUUUUUACAUCUUCAUUAGAGGUACUAUAACUGACCAGAAGUAGAGUAGUGGUGGGGAUAGAAAUAGCCAGCUUUUUACAUCUUCAUUAAAGGUUCUACAACUGGCCAGACUACCCAUUUUUCCAUCCUGUUGAGGGGCUGUUGACCUCUAUUUUGUAAUGAUGAACAACAGUACUUACUUCCAUUGAGCCAUUUAAUUGAAAUGCCUUUUGAAGGAUGAAGGUAUUGAAUGUAUGGACUAGUUUGUGGGGUCAUGAAACCUUAAUCCUUAGGGGUACAUCUGUGGGAGGAAUCUUGGGUGAUGUGUUGCAGCUCUUCAACAACCACCAAAACACAACUAUUUCAGCCUUUAUUAUUGCCUUGAAGGAGGAAUGAUCAUAUAUUUCACAACAAUUGAUGACUGUGUUAAUUAGGAACAUGCCCCAUCAUUGUUAAAAGUGUGUUGCUGUCCGUGGAGGCCACAUUCCUUAUUGUGAGUGCCCCUAUUCACUUUGAGGGUUGAAUAAUUGAAUGGCUUCUUCACUUUAUGGAAUAUCUCAAAUAUUGUACAUUUUGGUCAGUAUGAAGAAAUUUGUGUUAUUUCCUGUAGACUAGGUUAUGCUAGGUAGUACCAAGGGUUGUCUAGUAACUGUAAAGUCUGCUGACCCUUUAAUUUUCUCUGUGUGUGUGUGUAUUUCAUUGAUAAAUAAUACAAUUUUUUGUUCAUUAAAAACUGGCAUAUAA